UCCAUAUCUGCCGCUUAGCAACCACCAGCCCAGCAGGUCGGUGUGAACAACUGCAAGUCAUCCUGACACCUUCAUUCCUGAGAACUGUCUCCUCCGGGCUGCUGUUCCGGCACCAGUCCUCCGCCCGGAGCCGCGGCAACCACCGUCGUUCCCGAUUCAACGUCGGCGUCCAUGCCACGGUCCUCCUCCACACCAUAGCAACACAGCUAACAACCGCAUGGAUCCUCCAAGGUCUGCGGCUAUGUUCAACCAAGCCAAGAGCCUCCGGCUCCACGCUGGGAACCUGGUGAGCAGAAGUCGGCUGAAGAAGAAGUGUCCGAGUUCCCCUACUGAGGAGCUUCAAGACUGUAUCCAGGCCACACUUAGCGACUGGGUUUCACUCCAGAGGCAACCCACUGAGGAGGUGCCAGACACACUGGACUGCUCCAUUCCAGAGACGACAGAUGUGAUCACGCCUGAGGAGCGGGAGGAGCUUAAAGUUUCAGCCAAGCUCUUCCUGUGUGAGUACAACCAGUCGUCCAUCAGAGACGCCGUGGAGAUGGCCUGUCAGACGCUGAGAGUUUCUCAAAUCGACUCUGUCAUCAUUUCACCACCGGGACCACCAGAGGGCGACAGUCAGACGCUUGCUCACCUCCAGCCAGCGUGGGAGGAACUGCAAGCUCUCGUUCAAAACCAGAAGAUCGCAGCCAUCGGCACAUCCGACCUGGAUAAAGACCUGCUGGAGCAGCUGUACGACUGGGCUCAGGUGAAGCCCAGCAGCAACCAGGUCAACUUGGCAUCGUGCUGUGUGAUGCCCCCUGACCUGACGGCCUUCGCCAAAGAGCGAGACAUCCAGCUGCUCACUCACAACGACCCCAAAGAACUGAUGUCUGCAGCCACCUUCCAAGAGGCUGUGAAGAAUGGAACUGGAGGUCAGAGCAGUGCAGACUGGAGGCUGGAGUGGGUGCUGCGCUACUCCAUCAUCGUCAAGAGCAGAGGCAUUAUCAAGGCCAAGGGCUACCUGCUGGGUGCCAGGAGGGCAAGCCUCUAGUGCCCGUGUGCUGAAGGUCUAUGUAUGGAUGAAGCCAUUCUUCGAUUCAACGUUCACACACACACGCACUCAAAGAUAAGGCAGAUGACCUGAAACCAAAGUUUGUUUUUGGGAGUUCAGAAUCAUGUUGCUGAUGCGAACCAAUUUGGUGUUAUGAACGGGGGAAAAA